AUGCUUCGUUUACGAAUAUUUUACCGCACUAUGUGCACAAAAGUGGUGAAAGAAAUUGCUACCAGCCCGGAUACUGCUCGGUUAUAUGCGCCCUAUAUAGGUGCCGAAUACAGAGUGGUCCAAAAAUGGUUGUUAAACAAUCCAGCACUGCUAGAGUUGGACCGGGAAGAAACGGUAAAGAAACUAUCCUACCUCAAAUAUGUUCAUGUUACGCCUGAUGAAAUCCUUGAGCAACCCCACAUUCUCUUCAACCAUCUGAUUACGCUUGAAAACCGUACCACAAUCUUGAGAGAGUGUGGAUUAGUGGAGGGCCUUACACUGAACGCCAUUGGGAACUACCUAAAGCUGAUACGCAAGAGUAUAAUGGUUCUAAAGCGCAACUAUUUGAUUCCAAAAGAUUUGGACAUGUACGAACAGCUGAAGCGUCAGUUCGAGUGCACGGUGGAACCGAACCUUCGCUGGGACGAUCGUACGCAGCUACAAGAUAUGCGCAUUGCAUUCUACAACGAAUUUCUCACCAAACGCCUCGACUUUGGUGCACCGGAGAUCGAAAAACUGUGGAAAUCGUACUCGAAAAUCAAGCACAAAAGCUUUGGCCACACUCAGCGUGUAAUUGACAUACUGCAGUACGAUUAUCACUUUAGUCGCGAUAAGUUGGUCGCCAACAUGUACUUGCUUCAUGCCGAUCCGGAAAAUUUGUUGCGUUUUCCGACGGAGGUACCGUCGAUCAGUGGCAUGGAGCUGAAGGAAGUUAUUGCGAAGUAUCCGAAGAUCACGAUGGUAAACCAUAGUUCGGUAAAACGGGUUUGUAAUAUACUCAAACAGUUGGACAUACCGGACAGGGAAGUGUUGAAAUGUUUGGCAAUAUUCACGCUCUCAUCGCGUACCAUAGAGCAUCGGCUCGAACGGUUAUCGCACGUGAAAGAGUUUGAGGUGCUGAUGAAACAUCCACGCGUGUUGAGAUUGAUACAGUACCAUACGAAGGCCGCCAUACGGUUGGAGUAUUUGCAGCAACUGAAGGUACGCUGCGCCUCGUUAGACGUCCUGUCGAGUAAUUCGCAAAACUUUGAAAGGUACGUUCGCGAAGGUUGCGACAGAACGAAGGGCAAAGAUACCGGUCAUGUGCUGAAACACAUAUUCAAGGAACGGGGUGAAGCGGCGGUACAAAUGAUAAAGCGCCAUCCCAACUGGUUUCACGUGCCGGUGCUACAAAUGCAGGAAACGGUCGACAAGUUACUGAAGAAGAAGUUCACGCUGGAUGAUAUUUUCAAUAACAUCCACAUUCUCCUUUAUCCACUAAAUCGAAUAGAAGAAAAACUCACCUUACUGCGAAACGCUGAUCCAAAGCUUCAGGAAGAGCUGGGCGUGGAACUGUACAGGGCAAACAGAACGCAGAUAUUAGCGCUGGCGUUGUACCUGGUAGAGCUGGAAUUCCACUUCACGGGCGACGGAGUGUGGCCGGAGCAGAUGCAGCAGAGCGAUGCUAGUUCGACGAUUAACGUGGAACUACCGAGCAGUUUGCGUAGCGAAUACAAGUUUGGUAAAAAACCGCCAAAUGCUCCAAGCAGUUCGACGUGA